UCGCGAACGACACAUCAGCUCUAUAUUCGUCUCUUCUUAAUUACUAUAAGAUUUUGUUUAUCGGAACAAGUGAAUAUCAUUAUUAUUUUCUUCUUUUUCUUCUUCUUCCUUCUCUCCUCUUCUUUUCCACCUUUGUAGUGAUUAUUAAUGACAGUUCAAACGAGCAGAGGCCAAAGUAUACGGGAUAAGAAGGAUAAGACAUCAGAGCAUAUUGAUAGGCAGUAGGUUGUAAUAAAGUAACACGAGGUGCUACAGAGGACCUGUGAGCAGAACCAACAGGUGGAAAAAAAGGCAGAAGAAACAAGUCCAAGUAUGCAGACCGGUACAGUAAGAAAAAUGAAGAACAUGCUGAAGAAAAUGAGGGUAAAGAACCUAUUGCUGAGACAGUGCCUGGGUGAGGUCAUUGGCACCUUCGUUCUUCUACUGUUUGGCUGUUCCGCAGGCGCUCAGGUGAAGACUGGCAGGCUGAUGAAAGGGCAGUUUCUAUCUGCCAACAUGAGCUUUGCCGUGGGGGUCAUGUCUGCCAUGUACCUCUGCAUGGGGGUAUCAGGAGCUCACUUGAACCCUGCAGUAUCUCUGAGUUUCUGUGUAUUGGGUGAUCUUCCAUGGAGAAGCCUUCUUCCUUACUGUCUGUCUCAGGUGCUGGGGGCAUAUCUCGCCUCCUCGGUGGUCUUUAUCAUGUACUAUGAUGCUAUAAUGCAGUACAGUGGUGGAGUUCUUACUGUUUAUGGUCCUAAUGAAACAGCAUCCAUCUUUGCCACAUACCCCACCGAAGGAGUGUCUCUGCUAGGCUGCUUCUUUGACCAGGUGGUUGGUACUGCUACACUGUUGUUGUGUAUCCUGCCACUGAGUGAUAAAAAGAACAGGCCAGCUCCUGAUGCACUGCUCCCACCCAUCGUGGCGGCCGUUGUUUUGGGUAUAGCCAUGUCCAUGUCCUCCAACUGCGGUGGUGCUAUAAAUCCAGCUCGGGAUUUAGGGCCUCGACUCUUCACUUUCUCGGCAGGCUGGGGUAGCGAAGUUUUCACGAGCUUUGAUUAUUUCUUCUGGGUGCCGCUGGUGGCUCCUCUGAUUGGGGGUUUGCUGGGCUGCUUUUUCUACCAGGUCUUUAUCCAGUGGCACCUCCCUGACCUUGAAACAGAAGAUAGUGAAGGUCAGUCUCAGAUCUUGGAGCCUUGUGAUGCCAAAACACAAAAGGAGAAGAAUGUACUUUUCAUCAAAUCAUCUGAUUUGUAGUGAAAACUAUACAUACAUUUUCUAACCAGCUUUUUAAACCAGUUUAUAUUUAUCUAUAUAUUUUAGGAAUACUGUUAUUUACUUACAUUUGAUGUAUAAAACAAGAUUCAGAAGAUCUAGCCUUAAAAUGCUUAAAACAUUAACUAUAAUAACACAACAUUAUCUGAUGUAGGAUUAACAACAUGUACUGCAUUUUUUGGGAAACACCUGUGCACAGUAUGUCUGUAGUUGUCGUUGUAAGACUAUGAAGCAUCUGAGUUACUGAAGUUUAUAAUGAAGCCCUAACAGCUAUGAUUUAUCAUUUUUGUGAUUACAUGUUUGAAAAACAAUGAAAUGACAUACUGUUCUGGGUCCAAAACAUACAUACAGCAAUAUUUAUAUUCACUGUCACCUAUGUCUUUUCUGUGUGACUUAAAUAAAUAAUAUGUUUAUUUGUCUUUGUAAA